AUGAUAUGGAAAAGGUUGGUAAUAUUGUUUUCCUUGCUGUUGUUGGCAUUGGCUCAAGACCAUGUUGAUUUGGGAGAUGUGAAGGUGAACGAGGAGAAAGGAACUAAUCAGACGGGUACAAAGAAAGAUUUGGUAAAUUCUUGCUUUGUUUUUUUUUGUUUUUAGGUAACAAGUGUUUUAUUGGGAAAUUGUUAUUGUAAUUGCACAAAAAAUUUUUAAAAACUCUUUUAAUUAAAGUUUAAAGCAAUGUGGUAUAGAAUACCGAAUUUCAGACUAACAUUACUUUUUACCAUGCUUUCGUCGCUUCGUUGUCAGUCAUAAUUGUCAGUGAGAUUGGCGACAAAACAUGGUUUAUCGCCGCGAUUAUGGCUAUGAGGCAUUCGAGAAUGGCUGUAUUUAUAGGUGCUAUUGCAGCUUUAGGAUUGAUGACAGUUUUGUCAGGUAGGCAGAAAUUUAAAAAAAGUUUGAAAAAAUUAUUUGUUUUAGGUAAUAAAAGUAAAAAUAGUUUUAUAGGCAUUUAGCGUACUAGUCUUUAAAAUACGUCUAUAAAUUUAGCUUACCUGGGUUGGAUCACGCAAUUAAUACCAAGAAAGUUUACUUUCUACAUUUCUACGGCUUUGUUUGCUUUCUUCGGGUUGAAAAUGCUUCAUGAAGGAUAUUAUAUGAGUCCAAAUGAAGGUCAAGAAGGUUACGAAGAAGCUCAAGCCGAAGUUCAGAAGACUGACGCUGAUUUGGAGACGAAAAAGUUUAGCGAUUUGGAAUCGGGAGGAAGUGCUGAAGUGUAAGUUCUUUAUGUUAUUUUAGGUACUAACUUUACUUUUUAUAGAUGGCAGAUUUAAUAUUAAGACUUUUGUACUUUUAAAAGAUUGUAUUUUAGUAGUUCAACGUGGAAAGUGCUGUCAUUUGUAUCAACGAUAUUCAUUAAGUCUUUUACAUUGACGUUCCUCGCUGAAUGGGGCGAUAGGAGUCAGCUGACGACAAUUAUCCUUGGAGCUCGUGAAGAUGUAAAGGGAGUGAUACUGGGUGGAGUGCUGGGACAUGCCAUUUGCACGGGUAUUGCUGUCAUCUUCGGUAGAUUGCUAGCACAACAGAUCUCAGUCAGGACAGGUAACCUUUUUAAAAUUAUUUUUAUCUAAAAAUGGAUAGGUCAUUUUUAAAUGUAAAAUUUUUUUAUUUUGUGAAUUUGUUUUGACAAUAUUAAAUGCUACUAACCACCUACUUUCAGUGACUCUAAUUGGCGGAGUAGUGUUCAUAGGAUUCGCUCUCUCGGCUCUUUUCUUGGAUAUCGAACCAGAGGCAUAA